AUGAGAAAUCAAACAGAUAUCAAGGAUGUGAUUGUGGAAAUAAAUACAAUCCAUGUUUUAACUUGUCAACGUAACAGAAGAAUAAAUAAAAGAGCCUCGAAAAAAGAGGGAGAGCAAGGAAAAAAAAUGAAGUUAGAAAACAAAGGGUUGUCUCCUUUUAGAGCUGCUGAAAAGUUCAAAAUGAGAAAAAUAAAACUUUCAAGUGCACAAUUGAUGUUGGACAAUGGAAAGAAUCUGGUUUCUGGAAGAAUGAAACAAUAUUUGAAUGACAAUAAUAUAAAACAACUAUCUUCUGCUCCCUAUCAUUCACAAUCAAAUGGUGUUGCAGAGAAUCUUGUUAAAAAAUUAAAAAAUUUAUUUUACAGAAGCCUGGAGGAAGGAAUAAGUAAAAAAAAAGCCAUUAGAAUAUUUCUUAAAUCUUAUAGAAACUCACUUUCUUCAAAGACGGGAAAAAGUUCUAGAGAACUAAGAAUAAGUCAUAGUGGUCGAAAGCCAGAAUCAAAGAAAGGUACAUGUGAGAAAUGCGAAUCAAUCGCGCAACGAAAAAUUGAAUCCCCUGUUGUAUUGAGAAGAAGCAGUCGUAUUGGAAAAAUGCCAAGACUAGAUUAUAAACUACUUUCAGGAGGAGAGAAGUGA